AUGAAAUCUGUCUAUAUUCUCGCUGCUGCUGCUGCCCUUGUAGCCUCUGUUCAUGCUCAAUGUGAAUGUGAUUCCGCAGAUAGUGCCUGUCUCGGUGAAUGCGUUGGUAAUACCAACCAGUGUAUCUCAGAGUGCCGUAGUAACGAAUGCUACUCUCGAUGCAUUGCUUAUCACUGGCCUGGAGCUGAUCCCAAUUCAGCCUCCAACAGAUGGGAACAACCUACACCAACUUGGCAACAAGGGUCUUCCACCAUAUGGGCUCAACCUACCUCAUCUCAAUGGAAUAACAAUGGGCAAUCCUCUCAAUGGCCAACAUUUCCUGUGUGGGUUCCUUCUGGGGCAUCUACCAUGGGUCAAUCCACCCCAUGGUCUCAAAGCGGUUGGCCAUCUGCCUCUACUUGGGCUCCCGGGUACUCUUACUCUGGUAUGGUACCUUCUGCCUCUGCCUCUGUUUCUACCAGUGGAUCCAUGACUACAUUCCAAAUGUCAAAAGCUGCUGUGGGUGUUGCUGUUGCUGCUGCUGCUUAUAUGUUGCAGUAA